UAACGUAUCUAACGACUACAAAUUAAAUAAUAAAUGGAUGUUUCAAUAAAAAAAAAAAAAUGAAAUAAUAAAUGGAGAUGAAUUAAAUGACUUGUCAAUCUUUCCCUUUCUAGUUUCUAGUAUCCUACACAUACAAACAAUGAAACAAUACUCGUUUACAUAAACAAUAAAGAACAAGUCUCCGACGACUCUGUUCUUCGGUUUUUCUCUCUCCUUAAAAUACACACAUACAUUUCUUCCUAUGAAAUUACGUGAUCACCUUCUUUAAGUUUUUCUUCUUCUUCUUCUCUCUCAAACGACUUCUUCAAAUUAUUUAUUUAUUCAUUUUUCAUGAAAUAAGGAGUUUUUUGAGUUACAACUUCCAUCAAAAUUUGUCAUUUACAGGAAGCAGAUUUCAAGGGCUAAGCUUAACUGUAAUUAUAUCUAUAUCAAUGCAACAGUAUUUGAACUUCUAUCAAUCUAUGGAUUACUAGUUCCUGAACUCUACUUCAAGCAUCUGAGGAGGAAGAUAGAAUAAUUUGAUACCAUUUUUUCGAAAAAAAGGUCAGUCCUUGCUUUUUCAACAUGAAUAAUAUUAAACUGGGGGUAGAAGUCACAGCAGCGCAUGAUCUUGUGCCUAAAGACGGUGAAGGAUCAUCGAGUGCCUAUGUAGAGCUCAAGUUUGAUGAUCAAAGAUAUCGUACUAGCACGAAAGAGAAAGACUUGAACCCUGUUUGGAAUGAGGUAUUCUAUUUCAACAUAUCCAAUCCAAACAAUCUUCCCAAUCUUACCCUUGAAGCAGUUGUCUAUAGCUACAAUCAAUCAACCAACGCUAAGGAUUUCCUUGGUAAAGUUUGUAUCAGUGGAUCAUCCUUUGUUACUUACCCAGAGGCUUCUGAAUUCUACUUCCCCUUGGAAAAACGACAUAUUUUUUCUCGUGUUAAAGGAGAACUCGGCUUGAAGGUCUAUUAUACAAAUGAUCCAUCAAACAGACUGUCCAUGCCGCCUCCUGCUAUGGAAUCAGAUCACUUACAGUUCUCUGAAGGCCAAGAAGCUGGAAAUGAAAUCCCAAAAUCAUCUUCUAGGGAGUCAAAGUCAAAUUCAAGGCAUACUUUCUGGCAUCUUCCAAAGCAGCAGGACAGUGCUCCGAAAUCUCAGCCUCAGCCUCAAGUAACUCAACAUGUUUCAGCUGCUAAGUCUGAAUCACAGGCUCCAAAAGUUAUGCAAGCAAAUCCGGGGAUUCCAGGGCAGGCAUUUGAUUACAAGCUUAGAGAGACAAGUCCUAUGCUUGGUGGUGGAAGAGUUGUUGGUGGUCGAGUUAUACGUUCUAAUUACAAACCUGUUAGCACGUAUGACCUUGUUGAACAGAUGCUAUUUCUUUUUGUUCGUGUGGUAAAAGCUCGUGAACUUCCCACCAAGGAUCUUACAGGAAGCCUUGAUCCAUAUGUAGAGGUAAAAGUUGGGAAUUACAAAGGGGUUACCAAGUAUUUUGAGAAAAAGAAAGAUCCUGAAUGGAACGAGGUGUUUGCCUUCUCUAGGGAGCGUCUUCAGGCAUCUGUUUUGGAAGUUCAGGUGAAAGAUAAGGAUUUGAUGAAGGAUGAUUUUGUUGGAGUCAUCCGAUUUGAUCUUCAUGAAGUCCCGACUAGAGUUCCACCUGAUAGUCCGUUGGCUCCUCAAUGGUAUCGUCUUGAAGACAAGAAAGGAGAUAGGAGUAAUAAUAAUGGGGAACUGAUGCUCGCGGUCUGGUAUGGUACUCAAGCAGAUGAGGCAUUUACUGAUGCUUGGCAUUCUGAUGCCAUUACUCCUCCUGAUAUGUCAGCUUCAGCUGCUAACCAUAUCCGUUCAAAAGUCUACCAUUCACCCAGGUUGUGGUACCUUCGAGUCAAUGUAAUCGAGGCUCAAGACUUGAUUACCUCAGACAAAGGCCGGUUUCCUGAUUGUUAUAUAAAGGCGCAGCUUGGAGCCCAAACAUUAAGCACAAAGCCUGUUCAAAGCAGGAUGGGAAACCCCUUUUGGAAUGAGGAUCUGAUGUUUGUUGCUGCUGAGCCUUUCGAUGAGCAUUUGAUCAUCACUGUUGAAGAUAGAAAAGGUCAGGGCAAAGAAGAGACGCUUGGCAAGGUCAGUAUUCCAUUAGCAGCUGUUCGCAAGCGCCCUGAUGAUAAGAAUUUUCCCACUCAAUGGAUCAACCUUCAGAAACCGAGCUCUUCUGACACUGAAGAGGAGAAGAAAGUUAAGUUUGCUAGUAAGUUACAUGCUCGUAUAAGCCUUGAUGGCGGUUACCAUGUCCUUAAUGAAUCUACUUACUAUAGUAGUGAUCUCAGACCAAGUAUGAAGCAACUGUGGAAAUCUUCAAUUGGUGUUCUUGAACUUGGAAUACUGAAUGCUGAUGGACUCCACCCUAUGAAAACAAGAGAUGGAAGGGGAACUGCGGAUACCUUUUGUGUGGCUAAGUACUGUCAGAAAUGGGUUCGUACACGAACAAUAAUCGACAGUCUUAGCCCCAAGUACAAUGAGCAGUACACAUGGGAAGUAUAUGAUCCUGCAACUGUUCUUACCAUUGGUGUUUUUGACAACGGACAUAUUGAUGGCAACAAAGACACUAAAAUCGGAAAAGUGAGGAUUCGAAUCUCCACCCUUGAAGCAGGCCGUGUAUAUACUCACUCAUAUCCCCUGCUAGUCCUCCAACCUUCGGGUUUGAAGAAGAUGGGAGAGUUGCAUUUGGCUAUUCGAUUCUCUUGCACAAACAUGACCAACAUGAUGUUUUUGUAUGGAAAGCCGCUUCUCCCUAAGAUGCAUUACUCUAGACCAUUGUCUUUGAUGCAGACUAAUACUUUGAGGGUUCAUGCUACAAAUGUCUUAGCUUCUAGGCUUAGCAGAGCCGAACCCCCUUUGAAGAAGGAAGUGGUGGAGUAUAUGUGUGAUGUUGAUGCACAUUUUUGGAGCAUGAGGCGAAGCAAGGCUAACUUCUAUCGCAUAAUCUCCCUACUUCAAAGUUUGAUUGCAAUCGGGAAAUGGUUCACAGAUGUGUGUGCUUGGAAAAACCCGGUUACAACUGUCCUCGUUCAUUUGCUCUUUGUGAUGUUGGUUUGUUUCCCUGACCUCAUUCUUCCUACAGUGUUCUUGUACAUGUUUUUGAUCGGGCUAUGGAAUUAUCGGUAUAGGCCAAAAAACCCUCCUCACAUGGACACAAGGAUCUCCUAUGCUGACAACACAAUCCCUGAUGAACUUGAUGAAGAGUUUGACACCUUUCCUACAACAAAAGGCACAGACGUGGUGCGAAGAAGGUAUGAUCGACUCAGGAGCAUAGGUGCCAAAGUGCAAUCUGUGUUGGGUGAUUUUGCUGCUCAGGGAGAAAGGGCUCAAGCAUUGCUAAGUUGGCGAGAUCCACGAGCCUCAGUUUUAUUUCUGACAUUCUGCCUGUUUGCUGCAUUUGUUCUGUAUGCUAUUCCUUUCAAUGUUAUGGCUCUUCUUGCUGGUUUUUAUACCAUGAGGCAUCCGAGGUUUCGCAGUAAGUAUCCUUCUUCACCAACAAAUUUCUUUAGGAGAUUACCAGCAAAGACAGAUUGCUUGCUGUAAAUAGUGUUAUCUUUAUCUAUAGGCCCUCUGAAUUAUUCAGUUUUCUGUAUGUUGAGAUGAGGCCCUCCUUUUUUGCUGCUUAUUUAUUCCAAUUUCCUUGUGGAUUUUGGGUAAUGUAAACAUUCUGUCCCUCAAAAACCGAGUAAUACAUAAUGUAUUCAUUCAUGUGUACUAUAUUUUGUAAAUUUGUGUUUUA